AUGAUUGAAAUUUUCGUUUUCAGUGAAAUCGUCGAUAAAAUAGACAAAGAUGGUAAUGACAAUGUAACUAAGACAGAAUUGAGAUCUUGGAUGGAAUAUAUUCAACUGAAAUAUUUGAGAGAUGAGGUGGAUAAACGUUGGUCUCCGAUUGACACUGAUGGCGAUGGAAUGAUAUCUUGGGACGAAUUCAAAGAAAGACAUUAUGGUCAUAAAAUGGGUGAGAAAUUAUGCAAUUUCAACUGAGCCAUAGUCUUUGUGCGCGUGCAAUGAUUGAGUGAUUAUUAGAGAGGUUAAGAUACUCCGGUUCCGGUUUACGGGUACGAGUAUCGCCAUUUUGUUAACCAAUUUCUGCUGAUGUCAGCAUUUUUACCCGUAAUUUCUACCCGUUUCCCCGCGGUAAACCAUGGUCUACACGUAAAAGACAAACGGGUACGGGUGUUUUCUGUUUACUAUUUGUGGGCCGUUUAAAUAGUAAAAGUUUUCAACAUCUUACCCAAAUAAAUAAUGCAUAUAUGCUAGUCAAAGUUUUCAACAAUUUAUGGCGAACUUUAAUAGCGAAAGUUACCAUUCUCUGAUUGGUUUACUCACGCCGAAAUAUCUUGGAUUUCUUAAGUUACAAGUCGUUCCCCGGUUUACGGGUACGGGUACGUGUAUAUCACCCGUACCCGUAAAGCGGAACCGGGGUAUCUUAACCUCUCUAUUAUAAUAAUUCGAUGCAUGAGCAUUCUUUACGUAUCUAAUCAUUAACUUGGACAAUCCUUGCAUGGUAUGAUUUUUUGUACAUGAAAUGAUUUUAUUACGCAAAUUUAUACACAUUUUAGACCAAACCACUGGGAGUCCAUUGGUAUAAUUUUUUCCAGACCGCAGGCUAUAUUUUUCGCCUCUGCCCCUUCGUUAAUUCAUAGCCUGUCGAAGGGAAGAUGGCUAUGAAGCUGUUUAGAGUAACAAUAUUAACUCAUUAUCUAAUAUAUUAGUACACGUUUAUUCAUAAAUCUGGUCCUUCACCGUCACAUGUGUAUUGUAUUUUAACUAACCAAUAGCAAUGCUUCAGGAAAGUUACCUAUCCGUGACUCGAACAAUAAGGAAAUUGGAAAUUGCUAUUUGUGGAUUUGGCAAAAAUACAAUACACACGCACUUGACGGUGAAGGACCAGAUUUAUGAAUAAACGUUGACUAAAAUAGAUAAUGAGUUAUAUUUUUAUUUUAAUGAGUUUCACAGCCAUCUUUCCUUUGACAGGCUAUAUAUUUAUAUCGAAAAUUAUAUAUACAAAAUUAGUUCUAUUGAACGAGAUGCCCAAAAAUUUCAAUAUUUAGCCGGCUUGCACCUAUUACUGGCAUCAUUAGAUAUGCUUGAAUAUGUGGUUAAUACUGUAGGCUAGACUUUCCAGUUUCACUUCUUGAUUGAGAUCAUGGCGAGUCCUGAAAUGCGUGAUUUCAACUGUAUAUACCAACUCGAUUGUCAAGUAUUUUACUCGUAUAAAUCUCAAAUUCUCAAUGUUUGUACUGUAUAACAUAAUCUCGAACUAUAGACGACGGACCACCUGGUUUAUCGGCGUUUUGAGAUACACAAAUGUUUUUCAGAGUGUAGUUUUAGAUUCGUCCGCACUGUUAAAAACUGAUUUGUUAAGACCUAUACAUUUUUCUCCACGUUCCUCCAUAAUGCAAGAAAUUACGUUUUAGUGACCCUGGUUUUGUUCCCUGGGGAACACGUCUCCGAGUAUCCGACUCCUUUCGAACUGGGACAUCACAAUUAUUAAGCGCCUCCACCCCCCAAAAGAAAAAAUCCUGGCGGUGCCAUUGGAGAUAAAAGGUGUACAUAAAAAGUAAAGCACUUUAAUUCAAGAGCCCCUAUAUACGUUUCACAUUGAAACGUGAUUGAUGAUUAAUGAUUUUGGUGAUCGAUGAUUCUUUUGAUUGCGUGCAAUUGAGCGUGAACCUGGAAAACGUUUUAGCGACAAUUCGAGAUCGAUGAGCAGACGAAAUAAUUUUGCGUGAACACUGUGCGUUUUGUGAAGGAAUCUCGAACAAUCUGUGAGAAAAAAAGGUGCGGCUUGCGAGAGAUAAUUGUAUCUGAAAAAUACAAGCAGAACGUCGACAUUUCAAGCAAAGUUCUUUUCGAAGUUCUGCUUGUAUUUGUCUGGUAGUUGUAUCCCUAGCAAUUCUCUUUUUGUGAAGAAGAGUUUAUUUUACAAGUAACAUGACUCGCAGUUAACAGUGGCGGCGCCAGGCUUCCAAAUUUGGGGGGGGGCAUUUGAGGGGCAAACUCAAAUUUUGGGGGGGCAAGAUAGAAUUUUUAAAAAGGUCGCCCCUCCCAGGAAAUUCGCCCCCCCCCCCCUCAAAACGUGGCGAUAUUCCUAGGAAUAUCGCCCCCGGAGGCGAAUAUCCUAGGAAUAUCGCCUCCCACGAGGGUGGGGCGAAUACCCUAGGAAUAUCGCUCCUCUUUAGGACAUUCGCCCCCCCCCCCCCAUAUAUGCGAUGUGGUUUAUUCAAAUAAUUUCGUGAUACUUUCAUCUUAUUAUUGCCUUACACGUUUGAAAAUUUAACUCUUCAAAACUAAAGCUUUUUUGUCUUUUUUUGAAACGUAUUAUUGGAGUAUUGGCAAGUUUUACCAUUCAGAGAUUUACAAACUAAUAUUGAAACUGUAAAAAACAGUUUCAUGUAUACGCGAAUUCACUGAUGAGUAAUGACAACUUAUAAGCCAUACAUUUUCCGAUAACGACAGAACGCUUGUGUAGCCUUUAGUCGCUCUUAGUGACUAAUAAUUUUUUUUGAGGGGUGGGGGCAAAAUGGGGGGGGGGCAAAAAAUAAUAUUGAUAUUUAUUGCAGAAUUUUGUUUUCAGACUACGAUCACCGGAAUGAAGACGAACAAUACAGGAAGAAACGAGAACUGGACAAGAAGAAAUGGCACGCUGCAGACUCCAACCAAGACAAUAAGUUAACUAAAGAUGAAUAUUCUGCUUAUCUACAUCCCAGUGAAUACAGGAGGAUGCAUGAAGUCGCUGCCGAAGAAGUAUUAAAAGGAGUAGAUAAGGAUAAAGAUGGAUAUCUUUCUCUUGAAGAAUAUAUUGGUAAAUCAUUUCUUUUUUGACACUUUGCCGACCAGGAACGACUAAACUAGGAAAAUGAGUUUUACGUUCUCCGAAUUUUUAAUUUGCCAUUUCAUAUACACCCGGAGAAAACCCAUGACUUUCGGCAGAGCAUUGACUGACUCUUUUCACGUGAGUCCAGUGGUGUAACGUAGGAAGAGGGGGCCCUUAGGCAUAUUUGGUGUGGGGCCCCCUGUUGACUGUUGUCAUUGUUUGACUGAGAUAUUAUUUUUAUAUUGAAUACUUAUAGAAUGCUCUGGAAAAUUCCGUGUCUAUAACAUAACAAUAACAGUCUCCAACUCAUGUAACAACUAAUAAGAAUAAAUUAACUUUUAUUUUAUUUGAGAUGGAAUAAAAAAAUCAGCUAGCUACCGCUGUCGAUGGAGGCUUUAUUAUUUAGCAUUACUAAUUUUGUAUUUUCCCAUUUAUUCUUAACCUGCAUUUUUUACGUUUACUAAUUUUCUGGGGCUCUGGGCGAUAGGCCGUGGCUGCAUGAUGGGGGCCCCUAACUGUCGGGGGCCCUUAGUUUUUUAACUAACCCUACCCAAUGAGCGUUACGCCACUGCAUGAAUCCGUAGUGAGAAUUGAGGCCAUGCAGAAAGCCAGUGGUGAAAGGCGCUUGUUCUGACGUCAAUAUCGAAUCUUGAGUUUCCUCAACAUGCUCUGUUUCCUGUUUCUCAAAGGUGAUUAUGAUGAACCAAAACCAGAAUGGCUGGACGCAGAAAGGGAGAUUUUUCGCAAGGAAAGAGAUAAAGACGGUGAUGGAAAACUAAAUAAGGCAAGGAUCACAACUUGAGGCAUAAAAGUAGCCAGAAGUGCGGUGGGAGGGGGGGGGAGCUUUUUGCUUGGGGCAAACUCAGACCUUACAACUCAUUUGCUGACGGAAAAAACUGUGCAUGUACAUACUAUAAAAAAAUUGUAUAGAAAUUUCAUGCACUUUUUUACGGAAUAACAUUACGUUUAUAUUUGCUGAAAGUAUUAACCGGCAAAGCAUUUGCAAGUUAUAUUUUCAUAUACUUUGCGUUUUAAAUUUUUAUCUUCAUAUGCUUUUAGUGGUGUGGCUUGUUUCGUAAAUAAUUAGAAUAGCUAGCUGUUAAUAGAUGCUUUAAAAUAAUCAAAACUCUACAAAAUGCCAAAAACCGUUCUAUGUUUUAAAAAGUUGUUGUCUGGUUUUUGGUUACAGGUUAACUAAACUGUAUGCAUGAAUAACAAAACUUCGCUUACUAUCAGGGAUGCAACUACUUGAAAAAUACAAGGAGAAUUUCUACGUUUCGAGCAAAGGUCUUUAAGGCUGAUUUCCACUGUUGCGUUUUACAUACGUACGUAUACGCACGUAAAACUUUAAAUCCGUUUAAAUGUUACUUAUGAAAUAACCAAAUAAAUAAAGCAACAGAAUUUAGUGUUCGGCAAGUUUUGGUAUGCAUUUGUUAACUAAUUUGUAAAAUAUUUAAAAAUAGUAGGAUUCAAAGCUUUACGUGCGUGUACGUGCGUACGAAAAACGCAACAGUGGAAAUCAGCCUUUUAUCGGCUUCUACUGUAACUUCCCGACCGGUUCUUUGCUCGAAGUUCUCCUUGUAUUUUUCAGGUAGUUGUAUCCCUAUCAAUCCAAAGUUUUCUUAUUAUUCACACUACCUACACUGGCACAGACCAUUCAACAUUAUAUUCAUGAAUACUCUGCAAGUCCUAUAUAGCGGCCUAUAUGUUUCAAUGACUGACCAAAUUAUUGUUGAACCAAAUCAUAGUAAAAAUGCUUCGGCUCGCCUCCUAAGUGUUUUCUUGCCUUGACUGGAAAAACUGGCUACGUCUCUGACGUAGUGUAGGAGAAAAACAACUCUAUCGGUAACUAUAAAAAUACAGUAUACCCCUGAUUCAAUUAUGAAGACAAGUUAUAAAUGUUGAAAAUUUGGGAACUCCGGGUCUUGCAAGUGAACGUGGUCGUGCGUCACUGUUGUGGAAAAGAGCCAAAUCCACCCCAAUCGUUCUAUGGUCAGGAUGGACAAUUCACUGCUACUCGCUUAGGGAUCAUUUUGGCCAUUUUCAAGUGUUGUUUUUGUCCUCUUCAUUUGACAGUGAAUUGAAGUCAGAUUUAUUACCGGAUUAAGUCUUUUUAAGAGAUCUAUUUUUAAAGUCAUUUUCAGGUCAGUUACUUCACUGUAGUAAUUUAAUGGAAACGACGAACUGAAAUCGUCUUACACUUAACAAGCACUGUCUCUGCAUUUUUUAGGCGGAAGUGUUAGCAUGGCUCUUUCCCGUGAACUAUAAUCCUCUUGAUUCUGAGGCUGGUCAUUUAUUACAUGAGGCUGAUGGAAAUAAGGUAUUUUGUUAUAUAGCUAGCGUGAACACCAAACGUGAUUGGCUGAUUUGUGGUCACGUGACUUCAGAUAAAUGCAAUGUUUCCCGCCGGGCAACAAGUGAAAAAUUGUUGCCCGCCCCGACCGACCACGUACAUAAAUAAACAAAAUGGAGGCACAACUCAGAUAAUUAGAAACUACGAUUAUCCAAGUUUGUGUUCAAAUAAAGAAUAUAAAAGAGAAGAAAAAUACACAACAGGCAACAGGAUAUGCUGCUGAAACCGUUUAAGUAGGUUCUUUUAAUUUUAAACUGGUUUACACUAUAGAGUUUUCGUCACGAAAUACAAUUGUUGUAUGAAUGUUGUUGAAGUUGAUUUUUGUUCGUCGCUAUAUAACAAAACACUUAAUGCCUGUUCCCUCGGUAAAUAGUUAGUUUUGUUUUCCCUCGAAUCCUAAUGUUUCCCUCGACUUCGUCUCGGGAAACAUUGAGAUUCUCGGGAAAACAAAACUAACUAUUUCCCUCGGGAGCAGACAUUAAGUGUAUAUUAUUAAUCCUUUAAAUAGAGUAUAUCAUAAUAUCAAUGUUGAAAAGCCCGGUUCAAAAACAAUUGGCAUGCAGUAUUGUGAAAUGUGAAUUAUUGUUUAUUAUUAAAAGUAACUAAAUAACUUUUCACUAUAAGAUGUCUCCAACUUCGUUUCCAAUUUCGCAAAUUCGUUGGGAUGUUCAAAAGUCCAUAAUGCAACGAAAUUCACCAACUGGUUUCUGAUGGCUUGGCUGCUUUUCUCUAUUACUAACACCUGCUUGUAAAUUUUAUUAUGAACGUUUAUAACACCUGCUUAUAAAUUUUAUUAUGAACGUUUGAACGAAUUUGUGCAGUUCGGGACGAAGUUGGAAUAGUAGCCUCUUUUGCAUGGCUACACUCAAUCAUGAAAAUAUGUAUUUUUGCCUAAAAAGUUGGCGAGCUGGGGAAGGAGUAUUUUUCUAACCAUAUUCUUUAAAAAAAGGGUUCAAAAAAUUUUUCCGGACUAUGGCAAAUAAAAAAAGUCACAAAAAUUUUUCCCCAUCCAUGUCUACUAAAAAAGGGGUCCAAAUUUCACAAUUUCACCAAUUUCUGCUUUUGGGGCCUCACUUUUGCCUGCCCCGGCACUGGACACCCGCCAGUUACACCACUGCGAGGACAAUAAUUUGCUCUCAGGAAAAUACCUAUUUUCCCACUUCUCAUCUCUUGUAUUAGAUAGUUGAAUAGUUCGAUCGAACCGCGGUGCAUCACAGAAAACCGACUCAAUCAUGAUAUAAGUAUGGGUUGUGAUUUUUAUCAUUUCUCUUCUUAAUUUAAGGACAAAACUCUUACGAAGCAAGAAAUUUUGGAUAAGCAAGAAUUGUUUGUUAGAAGUAAAGCCACCAACUUUGGCGAGACGCUAAAACGUUCCGUGGAUGAACUUUAACUUGCCUUGCAUGUGGCCGAUCUGACUGAGAGAGGAGACAGUUGUAGCGGUUUGUUUAAUAAACAUGUUUUUAAAUAUUAAUAGAAAAUAAAAAACUCAAACAUAGGCUCCUCCAUGCUGUUCUAUAAACUCGUCUGUGCUAUCGUAGGUAUAGUGACAAAACCCAAGAAAACUACAGAUAUACAGUAGAUAUGAAUACAAUCACCUGAAAAAUACAAGUAAAACUUCGACUUUUCGAGAGAAGGCCUCGUGUCGGGAAAGAACAACGAGUUUGCGAAUCUGUUGGCCUUCGUUGACUUCUAACUUCCCAACGAAGGCCCUCCGCUCGAAACGUCGAAGUUUUAAGUACUAGAUAAAACAUGAGCAGCCGAUCUGUAUCUGAUAUCUUACAUUUAUUGGAAACAGCUUUGAACGAAAAUUUAACUUUCAGGUUUCAAGGAAAAAUUGAUCGAUAUUAGAUGUUCACCGUACCACAGAAUACUACACAGAAGUCCAUCUCCAUUGUUUUUAGCGUAAGCUCUAUUCGUCAUGAUUCGUCACUCAGCAAGUACCGUAAACAGAAGCAGUCACCCCCCUGGACAUACGCCAUUUUUAGUAUUUUCAGGAGGGGGACUGCUUCUGUUUACGGUACUUGCUGAGUGACGAAUCAUGACGAAUAGAGCUUACGCUAAAAACAAUGGAGAUGGACUUCUGUGUAGUAUUCUGUGACCGUACACACGAACGGGUAAACGCGUCAAAAAACAUGCAAGGAAAACUAGCUCGUCAAUGCAGGGCUUAAUUCAGAAAUGGUCUGUUACUUUCCAUCAAACCGCAUGUUUAUUUUAUUUUAGCGUUUAUAGUGUUUUCAUUGUGCCGAAAGUACAGGUAUAAAAACCUUAAGAUUGACGUUUAUCGUAGGCGGCGCAAAAACAGAAACCGCAAACUUCAAAUUGUAUUUCGAGGUCAACGUCUGCAGUUACAGCUAUUCAAAGUUACUAAAAUUGAAAAAUGAAUUAAGUAUACUUAGCUGUAGAAAAUUUUUAUACAACUUACCUUCAAAUGCGAUUUGAAGUUUCUGUUUACGGUUAGCCGCCUGCCGUAAAAGUUAAUUGUUGUAGUAACAGUAACAGUAGCAGUUGGUAUCGUAUUCAUGCAAUAUUCAUA